AUGGUGUACAAAUGGUCAUUUUCAAAUUUUGUUAAGAGGUUAAUUAAUUUUAUAAUAUCUUACCCGAGAUUGACGGUAUUGUUGCCAACAAUAUUCAUAUUCACAAUUUCUUAUCAUGUAACCUACGAUUAUACAAUCAGAGAGAUAAAUUGUCGAAUUGCAUCUUAUUUUGGGCCAGAUAUAGUUUCAGUGGAUCACAAUAAUGUGAGGUUGAACAAUUUAAUACACUUACUAAAUGCUGGCAAUCCAGAAAACUUAACAUUAACAACAUUUGAAUUUUCAAACAAAAAUUUAAAGCAAAAGCGAAAUGCUUUGACCUUUGAGUUUUUAAAUGAAUUGAAAAAUCUACAUGUUGAUUUAACGAAAGAAAGCGACGAUAUAGUCAUAAUUUCACCCUUAUCAAGGUGGACCAUGGAUUGGAAUAUUAAUGAAGAAGCUGCAGAUGAGCGCAGACUAGAAUUUAAUAAUUCUAUUCUAAAAGCGAUUAAUAAUAUGGAUUACAUUCAAAUGGAUUCCCUAUUGGUUAAUAAUAUAAAUAAGGUAAACCAUUUAAUCACUAGCUGCGAAAUCAUUAAAUUUUAUGUUGUUCAUCAUUCAGAUCGUGAUAUUAAGACCCCUACGAUCAAAGCCAUUAAUAAUUCAACAUAUUUGAGAAUUCUUUCACUAUCAUCAACCACGAAUAUCGAAGAUUUAGUCAAUUUCGUGUACUAUUCUCAUAUUCAAAAUGGAUCAUCCUCAAUUACGAACCUAUUAUUUUCAUUAACUAGUGGGAUCGAAAUAAUUGUAUUACUGGUAUUCAUCCUUUAUAUUUUAAUUGCUAUUUCCAAUCAACAUAAGAUCAGAUCGAAUGGAGGAUUAUUGAUAGCUUGGGUAGUAGAAGUUAUAAUUUCUGGUGGAGCUUCUAUAAGUGUCUUAGAUUAUUUUCAUGAUUAUAAAUCUAGAAUGUCGGAACAUCUGACUACAUUUACUGCAGGUGCCUAUAUAUUUACCAUAAUGGUUGUGAGUUCGAGAAAUUUAUUUAGGAUUAUCAAUGAUUUAGCUGGAGAUGAUUAUGUCAAUAAUUCACACGAAAAUAUUCAUAAAAAACUAUACAAGUUCUACCUUGGUAUAAACAAUAAUGAUAAUGAUGAUAAUGAAAGUUUAAAACGAGUAUUUUCUUUCUUGAAUUCCUAUAAAAUUGGCAGAAAUGUACAGCAGUAUUUUCGCAUCACUCCUAACAUAAGUAAGGUGCUUAUAAUUGAUAUUGUUUUAAUUGCGAUACUAAAGAUUUUUGGCUUAUACUUCUUUAAUUUUGCAUUGAAUUCUCCAUUCAAAGACUAUUUAACUACAAGACUAAGCUAUUUCCUAGAAGCGGUAUGCAUUGCGCUAAUUAUAGACCAUUUUUUACAAUUAACAUAUCUAGUGGGGAUAAUAAUUAUUGAUUUGAAAAGAUAUGAUUUAACCGAUUUAUUGAAUUAUCAAUCAUUGCGGAUGGACGAAACGUUGGCUUUACCUAAUAAUUCUAUUGAAAGUAAUUUCUUCUCAUGCAUCUUAUUAAAGUUAAAUUACCCAUCACAUUUAAGGCCUAGCCGAAAUUCAUUGAGGUACAAAAUGGGCGAAUAUUUACUAAAAAUCAGAUACUCAACAUCAUUGGCUACGUGGGUGGUCAUAUUGCCGCUCAUAGAGUCUGUAUACCUUUUGGGUAUUUUUAUGAAUUGGCGAAUUAUGCUUCCAUUUAAUUCUAUAACUAACCCUAAAGGAAUUAGUAGCAUAACGGCCUUAAAAGUCUUACGCGAUGAAAAUGAUUGGAUUUUUUACGUCGAGUAUUUAUGCAUACUUGUAUUUAUAGUGGCUAUUUCAACCUUGACAUUCAAACUAACACAUUCCGAUUCGCUAGGCACCAAACCAAUAAAAAUUGAAGAAAGCGAUUUUGAGCUUGAAGAUAAGAAUAUAUUUAAAUGCAUUGAUUUAGUUAAUUUAAAAGAUGGACACAACCUUGAUGUUUUAAAAAUUGCAACCAAUAGGAAUAGCCCUUUCAUAGUUUCCAUUGGGCUAGACCAUAAGAUAUUAAUAUGGUCGCCCUUAAUUAAGCCCAUCCUGAAGCCUAUCGACAUAUCAAGUACACUCAAUGAUAACGAAAAUAAAGAAUUCUGGCCGAUUAAUCAUAUCAAUAUUAGUAAUGAUGGUAGUUAUAUUAUUUUGAUCAAUUAUAAAAACAAGUUAAUCAAAUGUUUUGAAAGAAAGAAGUUGAGCUGUUCCUGGAAAUGUGAAUUACCACCUAUUUCAAGUAAUAGAAUUAAAGUCUUGGAAUCGUUUUUCAGGAAGAGAACUGUUCCAGGGUUUUUGAGCAGGAAGAUUUUGCAACAAAAAAAAACAGAUAGAAUUAAUAGAAGAGGUAGUGCUGCAUCUCUUUCAUCAAUGAAUUCUAAUAUGAAUGGAAACUUUCCUUUUCCCGUGGAUUCACCAGAACCAUCUAUAAUGAUGCAACCCCUUGAUGAGAAAAUUGAGAAUAAUAGCCAAGAUCAAAAUUAUGAAUCAGAAUUAGAAAAGCAAUUAAAUAGAGAUGAUUUUAUAAUGGUUCUAGAAACAGGUGAAUUGAUUACAAUAUCUUGUAAUACUGGGGAUUUGAAAACAUUUGAUAUAUUUGCUUCGGUUUAUAAUUCAUCUGAAGGGAAAAAAUUAAAUUCAGUAAAAAAAUUAAUCACUCCGAGAGUUAACGAUAGGAUCGUUUGUCAUGUGAAUAACUAUGAUAUAAUUGUCGCCAGCAUUAUAAAUAAUACAUGGAAGUUUAGAAUAUUGAAAGUUCAUGAGGGAUUUUAUAAUAAAGGAAUUCAUUUUGCAAUGCCUCCCCCUAUGUCAGCAAGCAGCUCAUUGAAUGAAAUAAAUGACUUUUCAUUUAUUUAUAACCAAAAAAGUAUUCACGAAAAUAAUGAAAACAGUGAGAUCAUUACAAAUUCAAAAAUGCAAAUCAACAAGCCUACAAUUGUGACUGUUGAAUUUGUUGGUAUGAUUAUCCGGGUCAAUAAUUUGGUAGCCGAAAUAAUCGAUGUGCAAGGAGGUAUAAUUUUAAAGAGGUUUCAUGUAGGGCGUUUUAAACCACUGACAUUCAAAGUUUCUCACCUGGAACCAACUCAUUGUAAGUUUUGUGGAUGUGUUUCCAUUCAAUCCUUUUCAAUCUUGUAUGAAGACUAUGAUAAUAGUACGGUCAUAGUGCAUACCUUUAAGAUAGACGCUAAUCGAUCCAAGAAUGAUAUAUGUCUAAGAGUAGAAAGAGAUCCCAGAGAAAUUAGAUGCGUUGGGUUUAGUUCUGUCACUGAACAUCUAUUUUGGUAUGAGAAUCUCGAAUGUUGGCAAUUAACUGACCUUAACAUGAUUAUCGGAAUAAAGAAGAAAUGUGUCCAAGAGGAGGAGGAUAUGGAAAUUGAGGAUGAGGAUACAACUUCAAGGUCCAAUGGUAUAGGAUCGUUAAUCGAAAACAGUGGGUUACAAUCGUUACGAUUAAGGAAACGGAAAUCCCCUACACCUAAGUUGUACCAAGAAGCCUGGGAAGGAUUUAUUGUUACCCUUAUUGACGGAAAUCUCCUAUACUACCAAGUCCCUUCCUCUCAAACUGACGGCUUAAUUGUAAAUAAGGUUACUUGUUCUGAAAAAUUUGGCUAUAAGUCAAUGAUAGUGAAUUUUGGUAAUGUUAUCAAAAUCAUUUACUUGGGUAACGACAAAUUAAUUGAAAACAACCUUUAUUACUCCGGAUCCACCUCCAGGUCUUUGCCAUUGCCUACUAAUAACCUCAAAGUGCCGCAAUUGAACCAAGACUUACUAUUUAUUAAUAAGAGAUCGAGACACAGUAACCUCCAUAGGUUAUAA